AUGUUGAAUUAUGUAUUGGUGCUAUCUUGCCUAACAUUGUCAUUAUGUUUAUGUGACCAAACACCACAUAUUGUAUUUGUGUUAGCUGAUGAUUUGGGAUGGAACGAUCUAGGUUUUCACAAUCCUGCUAUGAUAACACCUACACUUGACAAAUUUGCGAAAGAGGGCGUCAUAUUUAACAAUUCUUAUGUUCAACCUAUGUGUACACCAUCCAGAAGUGCUUUUAUGACUGGCUAUUAUCCAUUCCAUACAGGUUUACAGCACAAGGUGAUAGAUUACUGGCAACCGAAUUAUCUUCAAGCCAAUUACACAAUUCUACCACAAUAUUUAAAGAAACGGGGUUAUGCAACACAUAUUGUAGGAAAGUGGCAUCUAGGAUUUUGUAAUUGGAAAUACGUACCCACCAGAAGAGGAUUCGAUACAUUUUACGGAUAUUAUCAAGGAUGUGAGGGACAUUUUAAUCGCACUAUUGAAAAUGGUUAUGAUUUUCGGGAUAACGAUACAGUGGCCUAUUUGAAGGGUGAAUACUCGACCAAAUUAUUUGCUGAUCGAGCUAUACAAAUUAUUGAAAACCACGACCCUUCAAUACCACUAUUUUUAUAUCUGCCUUUCCAGAACGUUCAUUUUCCAAUUGAGGUACCCAAGCAGUAUGAAAAUAUGUAUUCUAAUAUCCAUGACAAUAUGCGAAGAGUAUAUUCAGGAAUGGUCUCCGCUAUGGACGAGGCGUUUGGUAAUAUAACUGCAGCUUUAGAGAGAAAGGGAUUAACCAAUAAUCUUCUUCUAGGUUUUACUAGUGAUAAUGGUGGACCAAUUGGUUUGGGCGCUAACAAUUUACCACUACGAGGCGGUAAAACCACAAUCUGGGAAGGCGGAACCCGUGGAAUAUCAUUCGCACACAGCAAAACAUUGAUUAAGAAAACAGGAUAUACGCAUAAUGGAUUAAUGCAUGCUAUCGACUGGUUUUCUACGUUUUUGGAAGUUGCCGGGCUACCUCAGCCUGCAGGUAUAGAUGGCAUAAGCCAAUGGAAAAUGUGGAGAGAUGGUGCACCUAGUGAAAGAUUGGAAGUUGUCCAUAAUAUAGACAAUAUCGCUAAUAACUCAGCCAUAAGAGAUAAGCAAUAUAAACUAAUACUCGGUAAUCCCGGUCCAGGUCCUUGGGACCCAUUACCAAAAUUAGAAGAUACCGAAGAAGAUUUUGAGAAACCCGAUCCCCUACCAGAUACUUUGCUCUAUGAUCUUAUUGAAGACCCAGGUGAGCACAACAAUCUUGUCGAUGAACUACCUGAUGUUGUUAACAGAUUAAAGGCCAGAUUAGAUUAUUAUAAAUCUACGGCAAUACCAGCUCGUUUCCCUCCAAAUACACCAGCGGGUGACCCGAAUAAUUUUGGAGGUGUGUGGGGACCGGGUUGGUGUUAAUAUUUUAAUUUAACAUAGCAUUAAAAUAAAUCUGAAUCAUUAUGUUUGCUUCCAUAGAGAGAGAGAAAGGAGAGGGAGAGAGAGAGUCUCCAU